AUGGCUUUUAGAAAUGAUCAGGACUCUGAACUAGAGGAUAUUAAGGAAACCUUGUUUAAUUCUGCGAUUAAAGGCAAAUGGGAAGAUGUUGUAGAUCUGUACAAGCGACAGCCGAGGGCCCACAAGGCAAAGAUGGUUAUAUCAGGGGAAACGGCGUUGCCUAUGGCAGUCUCAGCCGGCAAAGAAGAUGUAGCUGAACAGCUAGUUGAACUAAUUAGGGAGCCCAAGGUGGAAGCUCUCAAUAUUGGAAAUGAGCGAGGAAACACCCCUCUCCAUUUAGCUGCAUCCAUGGGAAGUGCUCACAUGUGCCGGUAUAUCUCAGCCAUUGACACGCGAUUUGUGGCUGCUCGCAAUAGGGAAAAGGAAACCCCACUCUUCUUGGCUGCUCUCCAUGGUCACACAGAUGCUUUUCUUUGGCUCCGUGAAAAAUGCUCAAGCAAUGAACCGUAUGAAUACCGUCGACGGGUGACGGUAAAAAAAUUCUUCACUGUGCAAUAG